AUGUCCCGCACUCCCAUCAACCCAUCUGGGGCUCUCCCACUCGCCAGCACACGUGUAUUCUCCAAUGAAGAUGCAACAACCGCGUCUCCUCGACCCGAAGACGUUUUCCCCUGGUCCAACAUCUACACUGAGCCAGGCGGGCCGCCACCACGACGGCCGCCAAAACUUGUCCGCAGACUAUUCAUCUGGGGCUUCAUCGGCGCCAACGCCGCCAUCUCCAUAGCAUGGGCCUAUGCAGCGGACGAGGCCGCCGCUGCCGGCAUGACGGGGACAAGGUCCGUCUUCCUGCGCCCCUCGCACGUACGCGCGCCGGGAAGCCUGGUGUACAUGGUCAAGAAUUUCGGUCUAUCGGGCCGCAGUUUGCGCCAGGGUCGGUGGUGGACACUGCUCACGUCCGGCGUAAGCCACAUCGCACCGGCGCAUCUGAUCGUGAAUAUGUGCGAGUUCUACACGUGGGCCUCACGGUGCUUUGACCUCGGCCUGGGGCCCGGGAGCGUUGCGGGUCUGAUGCUUGGCUCGGCCGUCUGCUGUAGUGUUGCGGGUCUUGCGAACGAGGUUCCGUGGUGGCCGACUUUGCACAUGGGAGCCAGUGGCAUUAUUUCUGGGCUUAGGGUCGCUGCGAUUCUCCUUGAGCCCGUGAUGGGCUUCCGGGUCCCAGUCGUCUGCGACGUUCGCUAUCCCCUCUUCAUCACGAUGAUGACAGGCUGCGCAAUCGAUCUCAACGGCAUGCUAUCUCAGCGCCGUGAACUGACCGCUGCCUCGGUUGCCAACGGGGGUGUUCGCGAUGCGCACAAGACUCUCGUUGGUUAUGCAGGCCACCUGGGCGGUGCCGCCUUUGGAGUGAUAUACUGGUAUCUUUGGCUAAGGUCUCGCUUUGGCACUUGUUGA